GCUCCGAAUGUAGAUCCGGAAGUGUGUCAAGUUUUGUUGUUCUGCUGUGUCGGUUGUUUAUCAACAAUAAAAAGCCCUAUUCGUUUAAUAUGGUGUGAGGCGGCUUGUUAGUCGUUUAAAUUGCAAUUUCAAGUCGAUUUAGUAAUAUCAGCGAGAGUUUUGUGGGACUCACAUUAGGCCCAGCUCUUGUGAGAGAUGGAGGAGCUCUACACUUUAGAGAAGGAGGUAGGACGAGGCAACUAUGGUGUUGUCUUUGAGGGCCAUAUGGCCAAAACAGGACAGAGGGUGGCCAUCAAGCGGCUGCCCUGCAGCAACCCAGAGUGCAUUGAACUCUACCUGCAAGAGCUGUGGGCAAUGACAACCACAGCCAAGAACCAUGUCAAUGUCAUUGCACUUCACAACUGCCUCUUGCAGACAGGGCCAAGAAGCCUGAAGCCCCUAAAACCCGGGAAACUGCCUCUACGUCUAGUUGAGAGCGUGCUGAAGGGCACUGUAGUCGGAGCACUGCAUAGUCAGGAAAGGAAUAAUGCCCAGUCUAACACCAAGAGAAGGACUAACUCUGUCUCAAGACUUCAAGACAGGACCAACACUGUUCAGGCUAGGGCUAAGCUCCAGGACAAGACUAAAUCAAAUGCAUCUGAUUCUACAACCCCACGAAGGCCUCAAAACAGAACCAGGAAGAGACUGGCCCAGAGAGAGGAAGAGCAGCUGGGACCCCUGCGCUCCUUGGCCCUGUGGCUCGUGAUGGAGUACUGUGAUGGGGGUGAUUUGAAUCAGUACUUGCUCUCCAGGCCCCCAGACGCCCAGCGUAACCACAGCGUGGUGCGACAGCUCUGCAGUGCUGUGGCCUUCCUGCAUAGCCUCGGUAUCACCCACCGAGACCUGAAGCCUGACAAUGUGUUGGUCUGUGUCACACCAAAAGGCCCUGUUGUCAAGGUGGCAGAUUUUGGUCUGAGCAAGAUGAGUAUAGGUCUGGUGGACGGGGAUCUGACCAGGCAGCACUUCUCGUCCACCUGUGGCUCUGACUUCUACAUGGCUCCAGAAGUGUGGGGUGGACUCACCUACACAGCCCAGGCAGACAUUUUCUCCCUAGGUGUGAUGUUCUGGGCGGUCCUGGAGAGAAUCACCUUUCUGGAGGAAGGGAACACACAGGAACAACUGGGUGCCUACGUCUGUAAGGGUCGCUCAGGCUGGUUGAUGCCGCUGGGGGAAGCUUUGUGGGAGAAUGCUGACCUCCAGCUUUGUAUCCCUAUGAAGUUUAAGAGAGCACCCCCGCUGCCACCCCCUCCUCGUCUAGCCAUGUGCACCCUGCUUUUAGACAUGCUCGCCUCAAACCCGGAUGCUCGGCCCCCAGCAGACCAGCUGGAGGCCAGAGUGCACUCUGCUCUGAAAGAGGACUCCCAUUGACACAAAGUGCGCUUAAACACCCAUUAUGUCUAUAUCUACUAUAGCCACUACAUGGAAAUAUUGACUGUGGAUCCCCUGCUUGCAGUGCUUCCUAUAUGUGUAAACAAUAGCCACUUCGAUUGCACGGCAGACAAAACACAUAAUGAUAUUCAAACAAGUCCAUAUAGAUCGAGUGGGACUUAAGCUGUGUUUCCUGCAAGCACCAUGCUUUUUAGGCCUUGAAUGUUUGACAUAGAAAAUUAGUAUUAGUGUGUAUAGAGCUGAAAUUACAUGGAAGGGGUUGAUGCUUUUGCUUGUUAAACCACUCAUUAUCUCAGCUUUAUUUCCGAUAUUCAUUUUGAUUUGAUUUUUGGUCACUGAGAUUUUUACUUGUUGAAAAGUGUAGGUAUUUACAUUUACUUUACUAUUUAUUUCUUUUGUACCUCUUAUUUUGGCCCAAAUAUUUCCACCUCACACUGAUGUAACAUAAUUAAACCGUACACUGUGCUUCCAGAUAUCUUAAAUAUGUAAACAGAGGGAACAAAACAUAGAAACUCCUUUCCAUAAUAAUGCAUUGCAAUACAACAUUUAAUAAUUUUUUGAAAAUAGCUAAUUUUUUUGUACUUUUCACUGGCUGUAAUAUUACAUUCAGUGGUUUUAUUUCAUAGGAAGAUAUUUGUACUAUGUUGACUUCAAGUUUUUCUAUCUCUGUGUGAUACCUUUUGAGCCUGUUUUUCAUUGGGUUCAGGAAAUUUGUAAGUUAUAGCUUGUAAUGGCUUUGUUUGUUGCAUACUAGAUGAUGUCAUCUUGUUCCAUGUGUAAGAAAUGCUCAUUUACAAAAAAAUUAUUAGAUGAUGAAGGAGUAAUGUAACAUCUUUAAAUUCUUUAUAUAUCUGCAAUGAAUAUAAGCACUUUCCCAUAAAAAAAAGUUUCAAGGAAAUUAAAAUAAUCCUUAUUGGGAAAAUAUAAGCAAUAUAAGUAAAAAUAUGUUAAAAAGUGAGGUUUUCGGCUAUGAGGCCAUAUUUUGCCAAAUGUGUCAAUCAGUUUUUAAUGCAGGACCAAAUAAUUUCUAGAUGUGAUAGAACUAUAUUACUACUACGCAGAAUUAAAAAAAUUUUGCAAGAAAGUGGAGAUAAUUUUUGAAAAUUAAUGAUUCCUCAUUCAGGUAAAAAAUUAUCUUUAUUAAUUUGAUUACUGUAAAAUAUUCAGCAAUAACUACUUACAUGAAUACAUAUUGCAAAUUAUACUCAGGGUUUCUUGGAUAUUCAGUACAAAUUUCAACCCAAUCCAUUGAAAAACUAGAAAAUGCUCAGCAGAGCAAAGACCUCCGCUAAGACUAAUGUCAAAAAACAUACACCAGACUUCAGAGGAAAAAAAUCAAAUUUGUUGUAAAUGAUCCAGAUCUGCUUCAAAAUUUUAUGGUUCUUUCCUGGCCCAUGCUCCAUCCCUCCACCAAGUUCGGUGCAAAUCGGUUCAGUAGUUUUUGCGUAAUCCUGGUAUUUAUUGCAGGGCUGUUGUAUUGCAUUACCUCAUUCAAGUGUGUUGAUUUUCUGCUUUUCUGCAUAAUUAUUCACGCAAGAGAUAUAUUUGUGGAUAUCAUAUUUGCUUUAUACAUCAAUUUAAAUAUGACUUGAAAAAGCACUUUUUAUAAGGGUUUCUUUUUCUAAAAUAUUUCUUCUCCAUUUCACCAGUUUCCUUUGGGUCAUACAUUUAAUGAAAGUGCUUAUUAAAGUAUCUAGAAUCGUAAAAGUUGACUCAAACUAUGUGACUGUGUGAACAUUUUUGUGACAUCUGCACUGAAAAAAAAAAAGGGCUAACAGCAUGAGACUAAGUGACUAAUGAUCGCUAAUAUACCGUCACCCCGUGAACAGGAAAUUAAAGCCAGACAUUGGGAUUGUUGCUGAUCAUAUCCAUGCAUUUAUUACUGGCCAUCAAUCUUUACAUUGACAGUCCAUAUGUUAGAUGACCACUUAUUUUAGAAUUUUUCUGCCCACGUGUCUGAAAAAAUGCAGAUGCAUUAAAACAGGGAUUUUGUCCAGAAAUCCUUUUUUAAAGUAAUGUAAUUUAAAUAAAAAUGCAAUUGUUUAUA